ACGAAACGACUCUAUGCUCUUCAAUUGGUGAGACUGUAAAAACGUGGAGCAAAGGGUAAAACCCCAAUUCUAUUAUAUUCCAAGCUUUCUGAUGACGAAAGAACCUAAGAGGCGUGUAGGCUUGCAAUCACCUGUUGCCGGUAAUUCGCGGUCGACUAGAAGACCAGAAUGGGAGAAGGCGAAAGAUUCGCACUCAUCGGCCCACGGAAAGGCGACAUCGUGGAGAUCUGCCGGCGAGAAGGUUAAAACUUCCUGAGGAAGCCGAUUCAGCGUCGGCGGAUUCUGUUCAUUGGAAUCCUAAUCUCCCCUCUCGUCUAUUUGCGGUUGAUCGGAUACUCGAUGGUGCUCCGCUCAAUAUUCACUCAAAACCCGAGUAUUUGGGAGUCUUGGUUGAACUCCUAGAUGGAUCUAAGGCCUGGAACAUUAUUAGGGCCUUGCAAUUUGGUUUACUUUUCGGUAUUCCCGUCGGGAGAUGUUCGCACUCGGCUAAAUUGAUUCAUGGUAUGUUGUCUCGUCAGCUGGUGACUAGUAAAAAACAUGAAUUGUGGUUUGUUUAUGGAGGAUAUCCAUUACCUUCAGAGGCUCCAGUAGUAGAACACCACGAUCCUGCCUACUUGUCUGUAUGGAAUAGGAUUUUUGGAUUUAAGAAGAUUGUAAUGGUUCAAGAUGUAUUGGACAUGCUUAGGGCUGAUAUGUAUGCUGAACCCAAAAACCGCCUUUGUCAUUGGAAAAAGUUGAGCCUAGCUUUGAUUGUUUUAGUGGAUGUUGUCGUUGUAUGCAGCAACACCUUAAGUGGUUGUGUUUCUGGAGAAUAUGUCGCGAUGUUACAUGAUGUCGAUUUCUUCCUCUCAUACCCAUGGGGUCGGUUGUCUUUUAUUCACACAUUGUCUUGUUUUGGUCCUGUUCAUGGGAAGCACGAUCCAUUUGAUGAAGGUAAGAAAAGGUUAGCACAGCAAACAUCUUGCUGUUACGGGUUUCCACUGGCUUUCCAACUGCAAGUACUCAAUUCCAAUCCUGCGAUAUGUUGUCAGUUAAAGGACCCAUGUGAUUUAAGAAACUUCAUUCAGAGAUCUUCCGAUUAUGUAGCCAGCCCUAGUCUCCUUCGGGAGUCUGAUGUCAACGAAGCUGAAAAUGACCCCAAUUUGUCUGUUGGAUUUACUGUUUUCCCAGAGUUUGUAGUCAAUGAAACUGACCUCGCCUGGGAUGAGGAGGAGAGUGAUACUAAGGUGGACAACAUCCUGUCCAUGUUAUACCGUGGCCACAAGUUCACACCUUCUGAAUGGCCAGUUGGUGAUUUAAAUCAUGUUAAUAUGCCUCCUCGGGAUACAGAAGGGAGAGGGGAUGAUGUUGAGCCUGAUGACGAUUCUGAUUUCGUCGAUCUUACCGAGGAUCCACAUCCUAUGAAAAAGGUUAAAACUCGUAACCAUCCUAUCCAACUUAAACCGUGCACCAGAUCAGCCACCAAUGCCAAGGAAGCUGUCAAACCUGCUUCUAAAAGAAGUGAAGUUGUACACAGAGAGACCAAAAAUCCUCCUGCCUCUUCAGGUACUUCAGCCGAGUUAAAGCGGCAAUAUGGGAUGGAUCAGUUUGUAACCCAUCCUGAUUUGGCUGAAUUAAAGUCUUGGAUUACGUCACAGCUAGACGUACAACGCGAAAAUAUUGUAUAUGAUAUGCAGCAUCUUUUGGCACAAUCUCGUGAAACCAUGGGUACUCGAGUGGUGGGGAAUGAGUCGGUUAAAUCUACUACACCAAAACGACAACCUGAAGAUGCCCCUGCAGUUCAACCUUGCCAUAGUGGUAGUCCCCCAAAAUUCCACAAAUUCGAUAAACCCGACGGUUGUUCUCCUGCCCAGACUGUUGCCCCAUCCACUGUUGACGAGAGGUGGUGUUUUUAUGGGACUGCUAAAGACAUCAGUGAUGAAAUUCCUCAUGACACCAACCAGGGAGAUGGAUUUGGCUGCGACAAUCAGAAGCCAUUUGAAUCAUCUUUUGACUGUAGUACUGAUCAUACGGGUGUACCAACAACAUCAGUGCCACCGCGAACUUCCCACUCUCCGGUUAUUGAUCAGGUAUCAGCCCCUAUUCCAGAUGAAAAUCAGGAUCUUGAAGAUUGUAGUGAUUUUGUGGAUGUAGUUGUUCCGGACAGCAUGGAUGCUUCCCCUGUGUUAACUCCUUCUACACCAGCCACACCUGUUCAGCCUGUCAAUGAACCAGACAAUCCUGGAAGUAGCGAGUAUGUCCCAAAAUACCGCGACCUCUCUGCGAUCGUUGCCGUUGGGCCAACUUACUUUGUUCAUGAAACAACUAAACCUUGUCUACCUUUACCACCAAAACGGAUUCCUAGACGUUCUUACCUGCUUGAUGACAAAGAUUUUGUUGGGGACCCUUGGAUCUGAGCUCUUUUUAAAAGCCGUAAGAAAAAACCAUCAUACUCUCCAUUCCCCCAGGUGGAUGAAUCUGAGUUCCAGAAAUGGAAGGUUGUACUUGAUGAGAAUACAGAUCAGUACUACACCGUAUGCACUGGGCACAAACUCUCAAAACGACAUUUUUUAGACAUUGCAACGAAAGAAAAAUGGAUCACAACAGAGGUCAUUACUUCAACGCUUAUGAGGCGUAGGGGAUCAGCUUUUGCAGCCAAAAGGGUAGCCUUUCUCGACCCCUGGUUUGUUAACUUACUUGUUACACAUCAUGAAGAUUUUACCAAGAGUGAUAGAGAAGGACAAUUUCAACUGGGGGCAAAAGUAUCGAGGCUUAUGUCCAAGGGAAGUCGACGGGCAAAAUUAUGAAGUCUGCAUUCUUAAAAGAUGUUGAUGUUGUCUACGUCCCCAUGAACUGGGGUUCUACUCAUUGGGUCGGUUUGGUCAUCAACCUCAAGCUUCGUCAUAUUGAGAUCCUUGACCCCUUCAUUGAACCUUUCACCGAUGAUGUGGUAGCUUUUCAAAUGGCCCUGGUGGUUGAAAGUCUGCCUUGGCUUAUAAAAAGGUUCGUCAAGUCUGAAUUCUGUGGAAACCUGACUACUACUCCUUUCAAAUGGUCUCGUUCCCGUGGUUUAUACAACAACAAGGGAGAUGGUGACUGCGGUCCUGUAUCUGUUAAGUUUAUGGAAAUGCACACGUUUGGACUUGGAUUGUCUAAAAUGGCUGCCCUUUCUGACGAUGUUGUUGUAUGCAUUAGGAAGUCGCAUGCAAUUGACACUUUCAUGUCUUUUGUAGAUGGCGAAGAAGAAGUGUAAAAUUAGAGAUAAUCUUUCUGUUUCUCUUUCUGUUUCUUGAAUUAAACGUUGUUGUUUAUCGAACUAUAAAUCUUUUCUUACCUAUGAUUUGUAGACUUAAUAUUUAACUUA